AUGAAAGAUGCACUUCACGAGAAUGGCAUAGACGAAGCGCCGCCCUUCUCGGAGGAGGAGAAGGAAAUAUUAAGCCUUUACGACCAGGCGCAGAGGCUGGAACUGGAGGUCGCCCUGACCAAAGCCAGAGUCCGGCUUGCAGACGUCGAGAAUGGGUCAGAGUCUCAGGAGGUCAAGGAAGCCAGGGAGCAACUCCUCGAGGCGAUGGCCCUUUACAACCUCCGCAACACAGUGGUGAACAAUGUCCUCAUCACGAAUCCCAUCCUGAAGGCCAUCCACAACAGCACCUACGCAUCACCCAUCGAAGAAGACCUGCAACCCUGGAUCCGGACUCGCGACAGUACGGCGCACUCCGUCGCCGUCCAGUCGGCGACCCUGCGCCAGGUCCUUGACCGACUGAGCGAGGUUGAAGGCGAGACGCUGCGCGCGUGUCGCAAGAAUCGUGAGCUCGCCGGCGAAGUCCUGCGCCUCGCCAAGGAAGCCGACAGAGAUCGCGAGGGGGCCAUCGCGGACGACCCUGCCGCGAAGGAGCAGAUUGAGGCCCUGGAGGCGCGUCUCCGGGCCAGCAGGCAGAGAUGGAGAGUCAUUAAGGGCACAGCGGCGGGCAUUGUGGCGGGCAGUGGCGUGGACUGGGUGGCGGAUUCGGAGCUGAGGGAUGUGGUGCUUGACCCGGAGUGA